AUGUCCGCACUGCUGCGCUUCGCCGCAUCGGCUCGUGUCCGCUGCCCGCUCGCUGCAUGCAGCGCGUUGCCCGCGUCUGCGCGUGCGCCCACGCACCGUCACGAGGCGCCCACUGACCUUCCCAGCACCACGUCGUCGCUCCAGUACCGCUCGAUCUCUCAGUCUGCUGUCUGCAUGAAGCGCAAAGGCGGCGCGUCUGCGUUUGCGCCGAAACCCUCGCGCUGGAACUUCAGCAAAGGCAACAAGAGCCACACCGCACUAAGUACGAAACAGAAGUUGAAGAAAGAUGCCGCGCCGCAUCGAUCGCCCGCCGAGCGCACGCGCGCCCUGAAGACAGCGCAGCGCGCGAACGACCGCAACGCGAGAGAGUGGGCAGCGCUCGAGCGCAACGACGAGCUGACGAAAGAGCUCGACGCGGUGUUUGAGUACCUGGACCAGUCGGGCCCGCACGGCGACUACGUGUACGAGCCGGCGCCGAGUCUCGUGGACGUGGACCACGUCGACGCGCUCGACAAACUCAACGCGAUCGCCCGUGGCACGUUGCAAGCGCCAGGCAGCAACCCGACCGACGAGGCCGACGGCCCAGCGCCCGCACAGGACCUGGCGGUCGUCGACUAUAACUUUCUCUUGCGCGUGUACGCAGUCAAAGGGCUCCACAAGGAAGCGAACGCGCUCUUGGCACGGAUGGAGCGCAACUUGACGCCGCGGGCAGCCACAGCGGCCGUUGUUGUGCCGGUCGAGCCGACCGACGGGACAGAGCUGGCGCUGCUGACCGCGCUCGAGGCCGUGCCGCACGCUGUCGCGCCGGACGCCAAGUCGUACAUGUUGUACGCGACAGCGCUCGGCGCGAGCGGCCAAGCAGCGCAUGCUGUGCGCGUGAUUGGCCGCAUGAAAGAGCGCGGCGUGAUGCCGAACGUGGCAGUGUACAAUGCCGUGAUGCGCGUGUGUGCGAGAGCAGGACGCGUGCCCUGGGCCUACACGGUCAUGGAGAAGAUGCAAGUCGCUGGCUUCGUGCCGGACCGCGCGUCGUUUACGAUCUUGAUGAACGCAGCGAUCGCGGAAGGGGACCUGGACAAGGCGUUUGAGACGUUCCACUUGAUGCGGACGCACGUGGCCGAGCCCGAUGAAGUGGCGUUUAGCUGUUUGAUCCACGGCUUUGCCCGAGAAGGACGGGUCGAGCGGGCGCUGAAUUUGCUGGAAGAUUUGCUCUCGUGCGGCCUCACGCCGUCGCUCGUGACGUUCAAUGCGCUCAUGAACGCGUGCGCCAAGUCGCACUACUACGCCCACAAAGCGAUCGACUUUUACUAUGAGAUGCAAGAGCUGUACGACUAUACGCCGGACUUGUACUCGUACGGGACAGUGCUGCACGCGUGCGCGAAGAAUGGGGACUUUAUCCAGGCCGAGCAGAUUCUCCGGCACAUGGACCGCCACCACGUUCCUAUGACGGAGUAUGUGUACAGCACGUUGUUCAAUGUCUACGCUCGCGCUCAAAUUAGGACGAUUGUGGACAAGGCCCCGCGCAAUGCAAAGGCUUUGGCCAAGCCCGAGCCGGUGUACCAGGAGCCUCUCGAGUGGGACGAUGAGGGCAAAGAAGUGGAUUUGACGCGUCCAGGCAAGGAAACGUUUUCGCUCGAGAACGCCAACUACGACGGGAGUUUUGACGAUGGUGAUGGAGACGAAGACGAAGAAGUCGAGGCGUACAAGCUGAGUCCUGAGGCUUUGGCUCAAGUGGAGGAAAUGCGUCAGCAGGAUCACGCCGAUCGCAACGUGCAGAAAAAGACGACGGAGUCGACAGAAGUGGUCAGAGUUGAGCAGACGAUGGAAGUUUACGGCGAGCAAGACCGUUUGCUUUUCGCUGACAGCGAGGAGUCGCAUAAUUUUGAGCUGACGCCAAUGGAUCUGACAAACUUUGGCAAGUACCAGACGCUCAAUAUCAAGCGUGCGGAAGCCCGCUUUCACGAGAUGACCUUUGACAACGGCCUCCAGCCAUCUCUGGUCACGCUGAACUCGAUGCUUGCCGUGUACUCGAACGCGCUGCGUCUGCGCUCAGCAGAGACGUUUAUGAACGAGACGUAUACGAAGUUUGGUUGUCGACCCAACAAAUUCACGUACCGAUCCAUGAUGCAAAUGUACGUCCGUGCGAAGCGAACGACGCAGGCUGAACAACUACUCGAGCGUGUACGAAGUGAGAUUGAGGACGGCGAUCUGGAGGCCGAUGCAGUGACGUUUGGUAUCUUGGUGGAUCACUACGCUAGAAAGGGUCUCGUACGACGCGCGCUGGCGACUCUCGAGGACGCUGACGCUCUAGGACUGCAAAUGCAAGAGAAGCAUCUGAAGAAGAUUCGUGUGUUGACGGAGAAGUAUGGAGUUUUCUCUGACCUCAUUCCAGAGGACCCGGACGCUGUGCUGCUUGCUGGUUCGCGUCACAAAUUGAUGGCGAAGCGCAAGGUCCGUGCGCAAGCGUUGGAGUAUACGCGCAAGGUUGGGAAACGCUAUUUGUUGCCGGAAAGGAAUUAG